AUGGUAACAAGGGUGAUCAAACCUAGUACAAUGUCUUCAGCCAUAGGUGAUCACUUCAUAUCAUUGGCAAAUCCAGAACCAUGGGUUUCUCAAACAACGGUGGUAAUAACAGGUUUACUGUUGAUGCUCACAACUUGUCUUGUUUGGUUCAAUCAAACUGUACGCUCCCUAACUCUAUUCUGCUGGGCUUGUUUCUUCAAACCGUUUGCAAAGAAUGAUCAUGGAAAUUCUCACCAAUCUGCUCUGGAAUCUUUUUAUCGCAGUCAAGCUUCCAUAUACGACUCUUCGAGAGGGGUGCUUCUGAAAGGAAGAGAAAAGGCAUUGCAAUUGGCAGCCUCCCACUUAAAAAAAUCCAGCAAACUUGUUUGGAUUGAUGUUGGUGGUGGUACUGGAUAUAACGUUGAAAUAAUGAACUCUCUUUUGCCGAUUACGUCAAAGUUCGAAAAGGUCAUUGUGGUUGACUUGUCAAUUUCACUUUGCGAAGUUGCUAAGCAAAGAUUUGAAAAGCUUGGAUUCAACAACGUUGAAGUGUUAGUUGCAGAUGCAUGUGACUUUCUGGUCCCUGAAAAAUACAUGGGGAAUGUAGAUUUGAUUACGUUUUCUUACUCCUUGUCAAUGAUUCCCCCAUUCCACGCUGCCGUUGAUCACAUCUUGCCAAUGUUGAAUAAAGAGAUAGGUAUCAUUUGUUCGGUGGACUUUGGGGUACAAACUUCUGCCACAAGUAUUGGAAGAACCAACACUCUGGGUGGCUCAGUUAAUAGACACGUUCCUUGGGUUUUCAGAACAUUCUGGAGAGCUUGGUUUGAAUUGGAUAGAGUAUUCUUGGACCCUGCCAGAAGAGACUACUUGGAGUAUAAAUUUGGUACGAUCAAAUCCCUUAACUGCUCAAAUCGCCUCCUGGGAAACAUUCCCUAUUAUAUUUGGAUUGGCUGCGAUAAGGACAGAUCGUCCUUACUGUUGCACCGUCUUAAUGCAAUGGCAACUGAAUCGCCAUACCUGGCUCCUGCCUCAUCAGUUCCUGUGAAAAGUAAAGGUUACGAAAGAGCUUUGGAGAAUAAUAAGAAACAUCUACCUUACCCUUCAAUUUAUUAUCAAAGGGAGGUUUGGAGAGUUUAUUAUGAGGAAAGUAACCCACAAUAUGCUCAAUUCAAUGACCAAUACAUUUAUGCUUUCACAUGGGAAGAUCCUCGUGAAGAUAUCAAGAUACUAAAUCUGAAGCCAUCUGAUGUUGUUCUGGCAAUAACGUCAGCUGGUGACAAUUUGCUAUCCUAUGCUUCCAUCGAGAAGCCUCCUCGCCGAAUUCAUGGCGUCGACUUGAACCCAGCACAGAAUCACCUCUGUGAACUCAAGCUAGCAAGUCUGAGAUGUCUAAAAUACGAGGAAGUCUGGAAAUUAUUUGGUCUUGGAAAGGUUGAAAACUUCGAAGAGUUAUUGUUCAGCAAGCUGGCACCUCAACUAUCAUCCAAUUCUUUUCAAUACUGGGCCAAGCAUGGACCUCAAAUCUUUGAUAUAAAAGGUAAAGGCCUCUAUGAUACCGGAUUUACAAGAUGGGCCUUAAGACUUGCCAAGUAUGUCUUCAAAAUUGCUGGUGUAUCUGACACCAUCGAAGAACUUUUAACCUGCAAGUCAAUGGAAGAGCAAAAGUUUUUGUGGGAAUCCAAGAUUAAGCCAGCUAUCUUCAACCCCAUAGUCAGUAAGAUGCUAGUAGGAAACCCUAUUUUCUUGUGGAAAGCCUUAGGUGUGCCACCUAACCAGGCCAAAAUGAUGAAUUCUUCCAUUCUUACCUAUGUGGUGGACACGUUGGAUCCUAUUGUUGGUCGUUCGUUGAUAUCGAAAGAUAAUUACUUUUACUAUUUGACCCUGCGUGGAAGAUAUUCACCCACUAAUUGUCCUGAUUAUCUGACUAAACAGACUUUCAAAAAAAUGCAUGAAAAAGAGUCUCCAUUGGACAAUAUCAGACUCCACACAGAUACUCUGAAUGAUGUUUUCGAACGUUUAGCAAGCGGAUCUCUUACGGUUGCCAUCAUUAUGGAUCAUAUGGACUGGUUCGAUCCCAAAAAAAAUGAAGCCCAAUCUGAAGUUGAACACCUGAAAAAGUGUCUUUGUAAUGGGGGCCGUGUUCUGUUGAGAUCAAUUUCAAAAGAACCAUGGUAUAUUAAAGUAUUCGAAGAAAACGGGUUCCAUUGCCAAGCUGCUGCUGUUCGUGUAAAAAGGAUGACCAUAGACAGAACGAACAUGUAUGCUUCAGCAUGGGUGUGUACUAAGAUUCCAGCUCGCAGAGUUAGUGAUCUUACUAUAUAG